ACAGUGGAGAUCCGUUUAGCCACGCCCCCUUUGUCCUCUUCACUUCCGUAUUUAUAAUCUUACCUGAGGAAGUGAAAAAGAGCUCCAGUCAGUGAUAAACUAUCCAACUGUAAAACGGUGAAAAAAAAACCGAACACACCAGCAGAGUGUGGGGAUGAUGCUGUAUUUAACCUACAGGUAGGUGGGGCUGUAUUUCAUACUGUUUUAUUUUACGCAGGCGGUUUACACACUGAUGAUGACUGCGCUGUUCCUGUCAGGUGGUAAAGACAACAUUUCUCCAGGUAACACUGACAUGCAAACGCUCUGAUGUUAACAUCUAUCAAAUGUUAAAAUCCAGUUCAUUGAUACUCACUCUGGGGUACGUUUUACUCACUCGUGUGUGUGGAGCGAAUUGGCGAAUUAGAGACAUUGGUGGUAUAUCAGCUGCACCAAGAUCAGCUGAUUCUCUCAUGAUACACUCACAGCUGAUCGAUACACUCACAUUCACUCCCUCACCACCCAAACCUUCUCUUUAUUAUUAACAGCAUUCUGAAAGUGGGGAAAAACUGUGUUGCGUAAAGUUUUGUCGAGUCAUGCCGUGAAACAAAUCAUUGGCCAAUAAGUGGCAGAUUUAUCCUUUAACGCCUACCUGUGGUUUGUUUCGCUGCGUCUCUCUUACGUCUCUUUCAGACGCACGGUUGCGUUUUGUCGCGGGUCACACGGGGUCGCCCGGUGUUACCUCAGCUGUCCUCGUGGGAAGCAGCAGGCGGGGGCUUCACUGGGAAUUCUGGGCCCCAACAAACUAUUGCUCGGGCUCCAUCACCACAGCUUAAGUCAACCCUGUACGGUUAUUAAAACCAUAUCACCAUUUUGGAAACAACUAAGUUAAAGCUUUAGAUAACUGUAACUCUCUUUACAAUCUCUAAAUCAGGAAGAAGCAAACAACUAUGUCAUUGUAGUUGACUUGGAAAUGAGCUGAUUGUUGCCUCAAAGUUGAUACUAUCUUUACAACUUUACAUGAUUUCCAGAAAGAAAUUCUGUUCAUUUUAUCAGUCUGUUUAAAGGGAUAUUCCGGCGUAAAAUUAAUUUAGGGUUUGCGUUAAGUUGUGUAUUGCUAUCCUGCGGUCGUUACUAAAGUUGGUCUAACUAGAGAAGCAAGCAGUCUGCAACAUUCAUCUCUUGAGGGGGUGUCUAACUCAGUGUUACGAUGUGUUUGACCCUAAAUUAAUUUUACGCCGGAAUACGCCCUUUAAGUUUUACUGUCACAGUAAUAAUUUAAAGAAAAAAAAAAGAAAAAGAAAAACAUGUAUAUCUCAGGCUCUCCAAGGGGUCCCCUCCCCACUGGGACCCAAGGUAGUGAAUCCCACUCUCCCCCUCACUCUGAGACUCUUGCUGUCCACUGUGUUCACCUGCCUUUCACCUAAUGUAAACUAGGUUUUAGUGGGUUACUUUUAUGAUGAAGUGAUUGGAUUGCCUAUAUGGACUUGACUGUUACAAUAAAGUAUGGCACAAAACUUAGUGGAAUGAAUACAUUUCUUGUGACUGUUUACAGGCCACAGUUAACCACACUCUGUGUUUUAAUAGUAGACAGACCCACCUCAAACAUUGAGUUAAAAGGUGAAAUAAAAAAAAAACACAAUUCUUUCUAUUAACUUGGAUUUUAGGCCUACUUAGUUGUCAGGUAACCUUUGCACAGUUUCACUCCUAACAAGCUGCCUUAUUAUAAAUAGAUAAUAUGUAUUUUAGUUAUUGAUAACUAAGUUUAGGUGUGUAUGUUUUAUUUUGUUCUAGUUACCAGUGAGAAGUUUACCGGCAGGAUGAACGUGAGGAGAGUUGAAAAAACGGUUUUGAGCGUGGAACAGUCAGAGGGAGUGGGUGCACGAGUGCGCAGGAGUAUUGGAAGACAGGAGGUAAAGUCGUCAACAUGGCAUCAAACACUAGUUCAGUUAACAACCCUUUUAUUAAAAGAUUAACUGUACCAAUGUUGUUGACAGCUGAGGAACCUGGAUCCUUUCCUGAUGUUGGAUGAGUUCAGAGUGAGUAAGCCGGCAGGUUUUCCAGACCAUCCUCACAGAGGAUUUGAGACGGUGAGUAUUUCAGGUUACAAAUAAAAAGGGAAAUUACCUCUGUCACUGGUUAUUUGCCAUUACACCAAACAUUUGUCUCUUGUGCAUGACAACAUAGUUUCAUUUAUAUGUUGCAAUCGUGCCAAAGGUCAUUUUCCUUUGUUUCAAAACCAACAUAUCUGGUUUAGCAAAAGAAACCAGUAAAAACAGUUUCAGCUAACCUGAAAAUCACUAGAGUGUGUAAACAUCAGAAUGAUUACAGGUUAAAAAGAAAGAAAAAUAAACCACAACGUUUAGUCUAAUACCACUCACAGACUGAUGAACAACCAAAAAUACAAAGAAGAAAACUACAGCCGAAGUACCUGGGAAAAUAUUUUGUAAUUUAUUGUUAUUGCUGAGAGUUGACCAUCCAAACUUCAGCUAAAUCUAUCAGCUUUAGGUGUAUUUCUAGUGUUCAGCUGGGGGUCACUAAGUUUGGUCUAAUUACCACAGCUUGGACUUUGUGUAACAAUUUAAAGAUGGAAACUUAAAUGAAGCUGCUUCUCUGCCUUACAUAAUAAAUUCAGCUACACUUUUACUUCUAAAUUACACAAAAACACUUUCUGCACACACUGAUGCAAAGUCAGAGGAGUGCAACACUCUUGCCUCUCAAAAUAACAUCAUUUUAGAUCAACCGGUGUUCAAAGGGAUGAAAUUCCUACUUUAAACACAAGAGGGCGGCAACAGGACAGUGUUUUCACAGUGAGCGCCAUAUGCUCUUCCACAGCUGAUGAUUUAUGUUAAUGAAUUCAAUAAAAAUAAUAGAGAGCCAGGUAUAUUCAACAUGUGCUGUCUUGUGUUGAUGUUGAGCUGGCAGGUUUAGCCUUCUUUGAAAGAAUAAAUGCUGACAGCUCAUAAAAAUCCCCUGUGUUGAAAGAGAGGAAUUGGCCUCUGCCGUGUUUUUGCAGAACAAUCUUUGGUCUGUGGUUUUUAUUCUUCUAAGAAUUUGAAAUGUAUAAAUGAUGUCUCCACCAAAGCCAGGCGUCUUCAUUGACCAAAGUUUCUGACACUUGGGCAUGUUUUCUGUCCAAGUUUAUUACUGACUGAUAAUGUACACUCAAAACCAGAUUAUGUGAUUCUCCUCUGGUGAACGUGCAGACACGUAAUUAAAGUGUAUUUCACGAACCUUCUCACCAUAAAAAAAUAAAAACAAAUAUGGUCUCUUUUUCUAAUGUUUGUCUGCUCCCAAGUAAAUUUUAAAGGUGUCCGUACUGCAGUUUAUCUUAGUUUAAGUGUAGUGCAGUGGUCAUGGCCCACCUCCAAACAGCACAGAGCUUUCCUUGAAUCUUUAUUUCCCUGAAUUUUUUCUCUUUUGAUGGUCACACGUGUUGAAAAUGAACAACUGGUUAACAAAAAGACAAAGAAGGACCUGAUUAAAAAAUAAAAAAACAUGUUAUCUGUGAGAAAAUAUGGCAAAAUUAAACAGCAAUAAUGGAAAUGUUUGAAUCUAAUUAUUCAUAGUCAAUCAAAAGUGGAGAAACAAAUACAUUGGUGGCAGCUUACGUUAUUUUUUAUACACUACGUCCUUGACGAUUUUAUUUCAGGUAGCAGCAGGAAGCUCUGAUAAAAAAACAACUCGUUCUACCUCCUGACACAAUAAUACCCGACAAAAUUGGAGACUAGCUGCUGAACGUAGCCGAGCAUUUAUCAGAUAAUGAACCAGGUAUUUCUCUCAAAAGUUGAUGGAGGGAAACAUGGCUCUAAGUGAAAGAUAAUGUUGCUCUGGUAUUUCUCAGCAUGUCGGCUAUAGCAGCACAUGUGGUGGAAUGAUGCGUGCCAGUUUUUCUUGCAGUGAUUGUGUGAAACCGUAAGGAGCUGAAAGUUAUUCAAUGUUAUAUCGGUCCUGACUGUGUCUGCUAUAUAUCCGGAGAAAGGGAGUCUGAUAAAGCAACUUCUGUUAGAGUUAUCUCUGCUGUUUAUUAAAGACAGCGUAUGGAUUUUUUGAACAAAGGGUGCAUCCUUGAUGAAAAAAAAAAAAUAAUAAUGUGUGUCUGCAUUCAUGUGUAUUCAUCAUUGAGAGUUUGGGUGAGUAUGAGAGUAAAGGUGAGGCUACUUUAUUUUGGUUAGGGCAUAAAUGGAAGAGAAAAUCACCUCUUUUCUGCAAUAUCUGGUAAUCUGACUGAGAGGUAUUUGACUCAGUAUGAUUUCAGUCCAAAAAAGUGAUUUGAUGCAUUUUACAGCCAGUUUUGUGAUAAAUCACGUAGUUCUGGUAUCAUAUGAAAGAUCCGAUCGCUCAUCAGGCUUUUGUCAACGUUGGUCACAUCAGAUGAUUGACAGCACCCUGAAGAAACAGUCUUUCUGAACGUAGUUCAAUGGCAACUAUUCAGUCAGUGAUAAAGAGAGCUAGGUGAAAAGCAAUAAGAUAUACAUCUAUGCCCACAGGGGGCGCCAAAGUUGUCACAAACUGAAAGCCCCACAGCAGCUUACAGCACAAGUCUGACCUGUGUGACUGUACUCUGUGUUUUUACUCUGUAUAAGCAGCAAAAGCAGCAGAUGAAUGGAGGCUUUGUUGUGGGUCAAACUUCAUGUAAUUAAGCUUUAAAAGAAAAAAAAACAAAAAAAAAUACACCCGGAUAUUGUCCUUAGAUUGCCAGACAUUCUUCUUAGCGUAUUUCACUUGGCAGAUGCAACUCAAAUCUCCCGGUGAGGGUGGACAGGAUUAGGCUACACUCCCAGCAUGCCUUUCAGCAGGUGUGUUUGCUCACACUCACAUGACUUUUGAAACCCCACAGCUGUGGAGACAGAUCACAGGGAGCUGACUGCAGGGCCUCCAGCCUUCCUCCCUAAGACAGAUGUUCACCUUUGAACCCUUGACCCCACACUCAGCCUCAUCUUCCUGUCCAUUUUGACCACUGGGGCGGUGAAACCAGUGCGCACGUGCUCAUGGUUCAUAGAGUCGAAGGAGUUCUUGUUUGAAGCUCAUGGCCUGAUUAACAUUAACUUAAUGAGUAAAUAAUAGAUGUAAUGAUUUUCAGUUGUCUUGCAAUAAAACUUGUAAAUCAUGAGUUUUGCAGAAGUUGCUAACACACAUAUCUUUAUUUCUUAAACAGGUCACAUAUGUUUUGGAGGGAGCCAUAGCUCAUGAAGACUUCUGUGGCCAUUCAGGACGUCUGAAACCUGGAGAUCUGCAGGUAUUACCUUUAUGCAGCGUUCAAUAUUAUGACCCAUCUGACGCUGCUCCCCUAAAGCCACAGACUGUUAGCUUCACUUUGCACUAAAACAACAGAUCUAAACACCUCUGUCCCAAAUUAAGACCCCUACCUGUCCCUGUCAAGGUCAAAGAUUAUAUCUUGUUUUAAUUUGCACAAAACAAAAGUGUUAAAAUAACACAAGAAAAACUACAAAAGUGAUGAGAGCAUGAGGGCAUACAAAUCCCCACAAACAUAUUACAUAUGCAUGAUAAUGUCGUGCACUCCCACUAAUUGCCUAAUACCCUGUGGGUUUUUUCCUGUGUGUUUUUAAAGUAGUAAAGUUACAUUCACACACACAAUCACCGAGUGUGCUGACUCAGCCUGCAUCCGCAGCAGAGUUUAGCUGAACUUGCUCCAAACCACCUUGUGCACCCUCGGCAGACAAAGACGUCAUGUCGGUCUUCAGGGGAAAAAACUCAAACACGGUCUCAGAUUAAAGCAGGGUCUCAUUAUUAGAGGAAGUGGUGAAGACGGCAUGGCAGCGGAGAAAAUGCUCGAGAAGUUUGGAUUAAUUCUGCAUCUCUCAUUUUAGAAAAGAGAGAAAAUGAUAAACCCCCAUAACUUUGCUAAAAGAGCAACUUUUACAUAAAGUGUGGAAAUUGUGUUCACUUUAUUAUGUAACAAGCUAUUAUCAAGUUUGGAAGAAAAUCAAGUUUCUCUUUUUUUUAUAAACUUUCCAUCUUUAUCACCACUUGAUAGACCUGGACUGGAGACUUAUAUUUAAGUUAGACAGCGGAUUAAUGGUCUCAUAUAAGAGGCCCAAGGAUUUUUAUAGUCUUGAACAGUGUGGAGAUCCUUGUCACCGGGUCAUUAGGUACCUGGACCGACAGAUCAGUGCAGUUGUUAAGUCCAGCUUUUUCUACCUUAGGCAGCUGGCAAAGGUGGAGCCACUUCUUGCACGAGAGCACUUCUAGACAGUAAUCCAUGCCUUCAUCACGCCUCGGCUCUCCAAACAAAACCGGAGAGUGGAAAUUUUCAGUUCAGGUCCAAAGAUGGGGUUAAAGCCUUUGAACUACAUUUCAUUUAUUUUAAUUGAAUAUUUCUUUACAGUUAAUAUAUGAGAGUAUAAAAGGGACUUUGUGGCUAGCUUUCUAGCAGGUGUUUUAAUCUGUAUGCAAACAUGAGUUUACCACUUUAUGAAGCAUUCAGAAAUUCUCUGAUAGUAAUUGACUUCAGUAAGGCACAGGCAUUUGUAUCAGACGUAUGAGAAGAAGUUGAAAAUGUCAGAAUGGUAUCCCAAUCUAGAUGAUCACAAAGAGAGGAGUGAGGAUAGGUGGACACAGACGUCUUAAUCUGUAGCUUCAUGUUUACACACCAAAUUCUCUUUAUCUUUAUUUGGAUCAAACACUAGAAACUGAAGAGUUUCAUACCAGAAAUCACUAUAAAUCCAUCUAAUCUUGAUGAUUCUUCAGGUUGAUGAAAUACUUUUUUGUAGCACUACACCAAAAAUGGGGGGAUUAUGAAAGUGUAACAGUAAAGCCUAUUUUGUGGUUGUACGGAAAUUUGCAACACGAGUGCAACAAGACUUUCAUUUGUGCAAUACAGUCCUCACUGGGGAUACUUUCACUGUCUGCAGUAUAUUGUGCUACUGUGUGUGUGCGUGUGUGUGUGCGUGCAAUUCCUGUGGAAUUUUUCACUGCUCUGCUCUUUUUCUGUUUUUCUUGUUUCCCAACUGCAGCUGAACAGAGUCCAGAAAAAAAUGUCCCCACAAGGACAAUAAAAUUACAUUGUACUUAUGUAAUAUAAUGUUCUGUUGUGUUAUGUUGUUGUGUCGUGUUAUGUAAUGUUAUGUUUACUUAACUUAACUCAGCUUGACCCAACUUAACUUGACUGUCUUAUCCUAACUUAACUUAACUCAGCUAAACUCAACUCAACUUUGUUUUUUCUUAUCUUAACUUGUCGUAUCUCAUCAAAAACAAAGAUUAAAAACAAACCAGUUAGUAACCUCGUUCCUGUUAAGGUAAAUUCAGGGCUUCAAAGAGAACUUCUAACCUAUAGUUUCAACAUUUGUGAUGUUUCUGUAAAAAUAUUUCUCCUUGUACAUCAGUGGAUGACUGCAGGACGAGGCGUGGUCCAUGCCGAGAUGCCCGUGUCAGAGGAGCCUGUGGUGGGCUUGCAGCUGUGGGUGAACCUGCCCGGACGAGACAAGAUGGUGGAACCAACAUACCAGGAGCUAAAAGGCUCUGAGAUCCCCAAACCCAGCAAAGAUGGAGUGAAAGUUUCUGUGAUUUCUGGAGAGGCUUUAGGAGCAAAGGUUUGAGUCCUUCUGUUUUUAUGUUCACUCCCAAAGAUUUAAUGUCACUACAGCUUUAGAUGAGUCAGAAGCUACAAUUAGCAGAGAGCUGCAAAAACAGAACCUGAUGUUUAUUCUUCUGGUUGCUGUUUAUUUCAUGGUUUUGACCAUGAUGUGUGUGGAGAGUCGGUUUGAAAAGAGGAAACAAAUGAAGAGCAGAUUAUCGUGACUAGCGUGGGAUGUGUUUGUGUGCUUUAUUAACUUUUUAUUACACUUGUGAACCUUUAGAGGAAGUUAACGUGCAGAAUGAAGUGAGAACUGAGGAUAAACAAGGGACAUUGUGAGGUUGAGCGUGAGGGGGAAAUUGUGCCAAGUGUGGUUUCAACUGUGUGUUUGUGUGUUCACAAUAUACAGGGUCACUACAGGACAAUGGAGCAUGGGAUAAAGUUUUAUUCUAGUCUAGAAUUAUAACCCCAAAGCUUUGGGUUUAACAGAGUUCAUUGAACUCUUUUGGUUUUUAUAGUUAAUAUUACUCAGCUCUCAAAAGAGAUAUGAAAAAGUCUCAUUUUUCCCCAGAUGCUUGAAUCAGCAUCUGCAUCCCAAAUUUAAUAGAUUCUCCCUUGGACUGUGUUACACCCUUCCCCCAAGUUUCACCAAAAUAGGCCAGUGUUUUUCCAUAAUCCUGCUGACAAAACAGGCACCAAGAACAACCCUAUUGUUAGACGCAAUAACACAAAGUGCUGGGUGAUUUUUAUCUAUCACUGUCUUGACAAGGAUAGUGAAUUUUAAUAACGUUUGUAGAGAUAUGCCAGGUUGAGCCAGAAUUGUCAGACUUUUAUCUCCAGUCCCCUGGCAAUGAAAAUACAGAUUUCAUUCCCUCCGUAAAAAACAUCACAUUGAUGUUGUUAACAAACCUCAUAACAAGAUGAUAGCAGUUACGUUAGCACAGCUUUGACUUAAGGUAUCAAUACAGAUGGUUCUGAUGUUAUAAUCACAUGAUGAUGAUGAUCAGUGCCACUAUUUUGAAAUGUGCACAAAUAUUUCCUCUACAGAAAGUAAAUUUAUUUCCUAACAGACCUUUUCUACUUGAUAGUCAAAGGUUUACACAAGGACACCAACUUUGUACCUGGACUUCAGACUGCAGGGGGGGGCCCUGCAUGUACAGCCUGUCCCCUCAGGUAAGAGAGCAGCAUCUCUGAGAACACCAUUAUGUGUCUUUAUGUGGUUUGUUGAUUCAAAAAGCACCUGUAAGAUUAAAAGGUCGACUGAACUUGAAUAUUUAAUAUAUAACUGUAGAUGGACAAAUAUUUGGCUCAGUAAAAUAUUGCAAAGGGAUUUUGUAGUUCUGUCCCUGGCAUCAACACACGCUAAAUAAGGUGGUGAAUAUGAUGUAAGAAAACAAUUUCUGAGUCCAAUAUUCUAUGUAUGUAGAUAUGCAAGCAAGUUUUAAAUUUUUAUGAAUUAACUAAAAUAACAAACACGUUUCAUUUUAUUUAAUAACCACACAGCCAGGCUGGUGGUUUCAGUACGGCUCUUUUAGGUGCAGGUUCCAGCAAGAAGGACAUUAGACAUAAAGAAAUAUAAAACAUUAAACAUAACACGGAUAAAACACGUUUCAUGAUGCAUGGGGGUUCAUAGAGUUCAGAGGGUUUAUUGCACUGGGGAUGAAACUGUUUUUAAAGCAGGUUAUUUUGUCCUAUAACGUCUCCCAGAAGGCAGUAGCUGGAAGGCAGAGUGAGCAGGUGAGUGGGAUCAGGAAUGAUUUUUUUGAGCUAUGCACCGUGUCCGUUUGCAGUGAAGUGAUUCAAGUUAGCUACAGUUCAGUCAGGACCACUUUAGUCAAAAUAAAUAAUUUAUUGCAAGCAAACAUUUUUACAUUGUUGGUAUGGCUCUGUUCUGAGAACAGAGCCAGUGGGAGGGCAUGGAAGGGCAGGGAAGGGCUCAUGUGCAUACAUGAAAAGCCAAGGCAGAGAAAGCAGCAGCAAAUAAAUAAAACUAAGAUAAAUAAAUUAAAAUCCCCCCACAGAACAGAGCGAGCAUCAGUGAAAUACAUAUGACACUGGUAAGAUCAGACACAACAUAAACAGGAGGAGCUGGGGUGGAGGUGGGUUGCAGAGUAGGCAGAAGAAGCAGUUUAAAUAGGGCGCCAUGUUGACAUUUGCCAAUAGGAUGUGUAGAGGGCGAUCAGCUGAGCUGUCAGCUGACUGAGGGCUGGCUUAAGAUCAGCUGACUGAAGCCUUUAGCUUGACUUUGUGUCCUACCUGAACUAGCACUAUGCUCAAUAUUUAAGAAUAAGGAUGAUAUAUGAGUCAGAAGCAAUGAUAUUAUUAAAAACAUCAUAAAAGAAAUAGUUUUAAAUACUGUAAGUGACAGUUUUAAUGAGCCAUGUGUUAUUUACCUUAUUAGGGCUGAUACCAUUAAUCAGCCCGAUAAAUCAGUUUAUCUCUAAGAAGAGUCUCAUCUAAUGGUUGUCUUAUCAGCCAAUAUCCCUCUUUUUUUUUAAAUUUCUCCUGGUGUUUCAUAGAGAGGGAGCAAAAAAAGUCACAAACAACUUGCAUUAUCUACUGAGACCAAUGAGUCAUACUUGGUAUCUUAACAUGGAAAUAUGAUGCAGUUUGGCUGAUCAGUGCGAGAGGAAGAGCAUGUGUGUGUUAUUUCUGGAAAUUGUACUAAACUGGAAAGGCUUUCUGAUUACAAAGAAAAGCACUGAAAUAUUGCCGCACCAAUUUCAGAGUUUGGAUCUGACUUUUUGGAAAUGAGCUUUUUUAUGAGUAGGAGAGUUCACCCCUGAUAGCUUAGCCUCUCCAGCUGACUGGAACCCCUGAGGGUGAUAAACCUACUUUUGUCAAGUACCUCAAACCAAACUAUCUCUUUUGUGUAGGAACAAGUAUGAAGCAAAUAAACCAAGGCCAUACACUUCAGCACUUACAGCCUAAACUAAUGUGUUAUGCAUGUCUCCAGAUGAGCCUCAAAACACAUGAAAUCAGAGAAAAAUGCUCCAGAAAUAAUAAAAACAAACUUAACAUUUGAACAGAUGACAGCACAGGAUGAACAUAAACAUCUGUUGCCAAUACGAGUGUCAAGUUAUCUAUAAAUAAAAGAAUAUGCUGUUGUUGAUGAUGUUCACAUGACAGUUGGCCAAAGUUUUGAUUGCAGGUUUAUGAGAGAUACAACUACUACUACAACUUUAACAGCACAAACGUAUUAUAAUGUUUCUGUGUUUGGCAGGAUGGACUGCAUUCAUCUACACUUUGUCAGGGUCUGUUCAUGUGGGUGAGUUUUGUUUGCCAAUGCUGAUCCCAAGUUGAUUGUGCACAUAUUUAUGUGACCUUUGCUUCAAGAAAGAAAUGAUUCCUUCUUUCCUACUUUUAUUAUUUUGAUACUAAGAAAACACGAGUUAUAACCGAGGUAACACUAACUUUCUUGACUUGUAAAUGUGCUCUCUCCUCGGCUUGUUUGAUCAUUCCCCUGCUUCCCUCCCUUCCCUGCCUGCUGUUACAUCUACGUUUCAAAAAUGUGUGUGAUCUCCGUCCAGUGUUAACUUCCCUUCUACGUUCAGCCAAGACACCCAUGUGUUUCUCUUUAAAGCUUGAUGGAUUCAUAUACUGUCCAUAAAGUGAAAUCUCCUCAGACUUCUGACUACUCCAGUUCAUUUGAAAUGCUCCCAGCAUCAUGGGAUAAAUUAUCGUGCUACUGUUUCUAAAAUACGACCGUCUCAGAGUUUGGAUUCCCAUCAGUCACUUCACGGACAAGUUAUAGCUACACCCUGUUGUAAGAAAAUGAUACUAUAAAAUGAUGCAUUUCCUGCCUUUUGGAUGACACUGUGUGAUCAGGGAGUUCCCCUCGCAUGAGAACAAACAAUUCUGAACAGCUAACUUGUUUUUAGUUGCUGUGGUGCUUUAUUGAAACCUGUUAUUUUCAAUCAGGAUUUCCCUUUUUGAUUUUCUCACUCUUUAUUAUCAGGACUUGAUCGCUCUCUCAUUACACAGCUGAAUCUCAGUCUGGCUGUAACUGCAGGCAGAUGUUUUGAUGGCAUGGCAGACCAAAAGUGGCUGCUAAGAUUGAAUAAGUUGUUUGAAUGGUGAGAUUUUAACCCUGUAUGUAGUCUGCACAAUAAUCAACAGCUGGUUUGGAUGAUGGGUGAUAAGUGUUGCACCAGGCAGACAAAGUGCUAUUCCAGGUCGAACAGUCUCUAAUGUGCAUAUUCAUAAUUGACUAUGGAUGUGGUUUUCUUCAGAUGCAUAAGCUUGCACAACGUUUCCUGCAUAUAAUUGGAAUUGGGAAAUAGCUAUAAGAGGUUUUCAUGUUUGCUAAAUAGACUUGAAUUAAUACUGAUGCAUUUUUAUGACAUCCAAAAGCAAACAAGACCACAGUGACGAGACUGACAAUUCUUAUAUUCUAAUUUUUAAUGCCUUAAGUCAGUGCAAGAGAGAAGGUGUCACUCAAGCAGCUGAAAUAACAGCCUUGUUUUGACAAUUUCCACAUUAAAUAUUCAUGAUAAAUAAUAAAUUUCACAGUAAAACGUCAACAGGAUGAGAUUUUGAACUUCUGUAUGUGGAAGAGGAGUUAAGCUUUUUUUGUCUGAAGUUAAGAUAAACCCAAAGUUCCUUGCAGGAGCUUUUAAAAAGUUCAUCACUGAUAUUGGCUGAGCCCAUGGUGAAAAGUAGAGAAGCUGUCUGUGUCCUGUACCCCAAAACUGGUUGUUUUAUUUGAGAGGAGCCUGUUUACUGAAGGUGUCUGAGUUUUGGUGACUUUAGGGACUCUAAGCAGACUUGUAUCAAACUGACUUGUAACAAAGUUAUGGAGGGAUGAUGGAGAAACAGGAGCUCUUUAAGAUGUGAUGAUGCUCAAACACUGAGCUUCAUAGCUUUAAAAGAUGAUUUUAAAUUUAAGCCUGACAUGGCAGAGAAGCUCAAAUGGGAAAAAAUAUAUAUUUUUCUGUAAGAGGUGAUUGGACUCUUGGCCCCUAUCGUCUAGGGAUCUGCCACCACUGUUAGAGACUCUUGAUAUUAGCCGUCACUACAACCUUUGGCUGUAUUCGUAUCACCAGAUGACAGCUAAUGGGUUAAAUAAAGUCAUUCAGAACAAAGAAAAUAUCAAACCUGUUAUUCUGUUUCAGGCCCAGAUGAGGAGCAGCAGAAGAUAGAGCCUCAUCACACAGUGGUGUUUGGAGAUGGAGACUGCAUCAAACUUGAGAACAAGGUGAGACUACAAUAUUUCAUUCUGUAAAACACAUCACAAUGUCGCUUGAUUGCUUUAAUUUGUGCACAUUCCCUAUUUCCGUGUUUUCAAUCAUGAUUUGCUGUUAGAUUGUAUCUGUCACAGGACUUUCUCUCAGCAUGUGUCACCUCUCCUGAUUAAGACCUGUGGUUCUCAAUGUGACCCCACAGAUUAAUCUUGGACAGUCAUAUCCAGGUCCAUAGUUAGACAAGUAAUGACUUUGAAAAGCAGAAAUGAAAGACAGCAGUCAGCCCACUUCACACACACACACACACACAGAUGAAGAUGUAAAUUUAGUUUCUACCUCCUCAUCAGGGCUCAGACGUUUCCCAUUUUGUGCUGAUUGCUGGAGAACCAAUCAAAGAGCCUGUGGUGCAACACGGUAGACUUUUAUAUUCCUCUAUGCCAAAUUGAAUCCUUGAUGGGUUUCAGAGGGCCAAACACAGAGCUUCAUAUUCACAUUUCUGAUUGUGUCUGCCUUUCAGGUCCGUUUGUAAUGACAACAGAAGAGGAAAUCCAACAAGCGAUCAGAGACUACAAGACUGGCACAAACGGCUUUGAAAGGGCCGUAAACUGGAGGUCAAAGAUUCGAGAUUCUGUCUGAACACUACAUAAUGCACUAUUGACUCUGUUGAAAUGUUUUUCUCACUUAUAAGAAGUAGAUUCACGUGGGUAUUUGUUUUCUCAUCACAACAUGAAAACUGCAGCUGUUUGAAAACACAGAUACUUAUUCUCAAGGUGACGGCUUUGUGUGUGUGUUUACAGCACAUCUAGUACUUUCCAUGUUGAAGUGCACAGUGGAAAAUUGCAGUGGUGUUUGCAGUGCUCCCUUUCUCUUUGAAAAUAUACAUAUUAGGGAAAAAUGUGCUCCUAACUGCUCUCCACACCCCUUCUUAAUUUGAGCCUUAUCACAGUUUUGUGAUAAUCACUUUGUUUGUACACUGUAGUGGAGUUUUGUGAGUUGAUGCUCAUGUUGCUGACAUGAAGAACAUAUACAGCUUUUUUUAGAUAAACAUAAUUGUGUUCGAUUUUAUAUUUUUUAAAAGCACUGAAGAGUUUUACAUGAACCCUUUUUAUUCAGUUGAUGUGAAAUUGAAGGAAUCUGUUCCCAGCUUACCUACACUUCUGGACAGAUCACAUGACACGUUGUAAAAUCAAGAUUUUUGCACAUUUUAACCAUUAAAUCACUUUUUAGCCACCAGAAAAAGUAGCCUGGUCUGUGUAGAAAAUCAUUAAAAUCAGUUCACAUAUUGUUUUCCAUUAA